AUGGAGAGCUCGGGCUCUGGCGCUCGCUGCCCGGUGCAAGAGCAGCGAGCCCGUUGGGAGCGGAAACGCGCCCGCACGGCUCUGGAGCUGCUGGAGAGCGAGCGGCGCUACCACGAACAGCUGGGGCUGGUGGCCACGUACUUCUUGGGGAUCCUGAAAGCCAAGGGGACUGUGCCACCCCCAGAGCGCCAGGCCCUGUUUGGGCCCUGGGAGCUCAUCUACGGCGCCAGCCAAGAGCUGCUUCCCUACCUGGAAGGAGGGCACUGGGGACAAGGGCUAGAGAGCUUCUGCCCCCACCUGGAGCUCUACACCCAAUUUGCUGCCAACGCAGAGAGGUCCUGGACCACCCUGCAGGUAACCUGGAGAUGACCUCAAAUCGGCCCCCUCUUCCUCUCUUGCCCCCUUACAUUACCUACCCUUCUGGUUCUGACCUCCAACAGUGUCUGAAUAGCCUUUCACCACCACCAGUCACCCAAAGUCUGUGAUGGGAGUGAGGUGGGGAAUGUUCUUCUAGGGGCUGCCCGGCUUAUAAGUGAGACUGCCCAGAGAGUCUACAUCAUUGGUCAGAAACAGAAGAACGAUCAGCACCUCCGGCGUGUCCAGGCUCUGCUCAGUGGACGCCAGGCAAAGGGGCUUACCUCAGGGCGGUGGUUCCUACGCCAGGGCUGGCUGUUGGUGGUGCCUCCCCGUGGGGAGCCUCAGCCCCGUAUGUUCUUCCUCUUCUCUGAUGUGCUUCUCAUGGCCAAGCCUCGACCUCCAUUGCACCUGCUGCAGAGUGGCACCUUUGUCUGCAGGGCCCUCUACCCCAUGGCCCAGUGUCAACUCCACAGGGUCUUUGGCCACUCAGGAGGCCCCUGUGGUGGAUUGCUCAGCCUGUCCUUCCCUCAUGAGAAGCUACUGCUUAUGUCCACAGACCAGGAGGAGCUGUCGCGCUGGUACCUCAGUCUGACUUCAGCUAUCAGCAGCCAGAAGAAUUAGAGGAAUCUUAAAAAUUCCAGAAUUCAGGAUACUUCAGGGAUGGAUUAGAGCCAGGAGUGCAAAGGAAUCUUUUUCGGUACUAAACACAACACAGAACCAUGGUUUGAUGAGGGUCAUUUUGUGUUUGCCUAAGACCAAGCUACUCUUGAUCAUGUGACCAGCUCUUAAGAAUCAGGAAACCAAGUCUGACCUAAUUGAACCUUGUUUAAACUAGCUUCUCUAACAGACAUGAGGG